AGGAAUAACGAUCAUGAUGGUGAACUCGAAUCAUUUGAUAUAGAAAUGGAAGAUUCAAUUUCAAAUAACAAUAAUUUAUCUACGACAGUAGAUCAUUUAGAAAACGAGAAAUUUGAAUCAAUGUAUAUAGUAGAUUCUCCAUCAGAUACUUGCGCCAGUAAUACUACCGAUGAUACUAUUUAUACAUCAUCUCCUUCACCCGUUCUCCCUUCAACGACUACCUCGGCUAUUCCAAUUCCUUCUUCUUCUACUACUGCUUAUACAGUUCCUUCUACAACUUCUUCAGAUUUCGAUUUCAAUUUGACCGAAUUUGGUUUCACUCAAUCUCAUAAUGCGUUUAAUAGAAGAAAUUUCGUACCUGGAAAACCUUCCAAUAAUCAUAUUCGUCCUAUUGCAAUUCCUGUGUCUAGAUCUAAUAAUAGUCCAUCUCAAUUUACAUAUAAAAAGGUUAGGAAUAUUAUACUUUAUUUUUUGAUUGAAAUUUUUUUUUUUUUUUUUUAACAACUUUUUUCUUUCAUAAUUGUAGAAACAGAAACCUACAAAUUUCAUUACUCCAGUUCCUCCAGUAAAUCAAAUAUCAAGUAUAACAAUACCAAGU